GAAAGCUUGCGGCUUGAUUUUUGCUAAAAACACAGAAAGUGCAACCAACUUAAAUUAGUAGUGAAGCUGUUCUAUUUUAUUUUGAAAAUAAACGAAAAUCAAAGUAAAAUAAUAUCUUUGUUAAGUGAAACUUUCAAAAUGUUUCUAGGAUAAGUUUUAAAAGUGUGUGGACAUCCAUGUUUUGGUGAUAAUGAAUACUGAAAAUCUAAAUCUUAGUCUAGAUAUGGGUGACGAUAUGAAAUUAGAUGAAGUAAACUAUGAAAGUGAUGUAUCCUCCUCCAGUUCUGAAAUUUCAACCGGUCCAAGCAUCAGUUCUUCUAGCACUAAUUCUUCCGGUCAACUGCAACGAUCGCGGCACAAGAGGGACCGUUCAAGGAGUGCAUCACCAGCGUCAAAGAGACCACGUUCCAAAGAUAAAUUGAAAUCUUAUGACUAUAUAACGAAGUUAAAUUAUUUGUUUCGUGAUGCCCGUUUUUUUGUUAUUAAAUCUAAUAAUUCUGAAAAUAUCAUCCUUUCAAAAGCCAAAGGUGUGUGGUCAACUCUUCCUCAAAAUGAAUCAAACCUGAAUCAGGCUUAUAAAGAAUCGAGAAAUGUUCUUCUAAUCUUUUCUGUUAAAGAAAGUGGAAAGUUUGCAGGUUUUGCUCGUCUACACAGUGAAUCAAGACAUGAUGGAUCUCCAAUUUCUUGGGUACUUCCACCUGGUUUAUCAGCCAAAGCUUUGGGAGGGGUCUUUAAGGUAGAUUGGAUUUGUCGUAAAGAGUUAUCAUUUUUGAGCACAAUGCAUUUGUACAAUCCAUGGAAUGACGGAAAACCUGUAAAAAUUGGUAGAGAUGGACAAGAAAUUGAACCCCGUGUAGCUGAGGAAUUAUGCCGUUUAUUUCCUGAAGAUGAGGGAAUUGACUUAUUACCAAUAUUAAGAUUAGCUAAAGAGGCUGGUAAAAAAAGUACCUUACGUAGUAGAGAUGGACACAGGCACCCAAAAGCCAGAAUGCCAAUAGCCGCCAGACCUUCGUCUUUCAACUAUAGAGGAAGGGGAUCAUCUUUUUCCAGGAGAAAAUACUUUUUAUCUAGAGGACUGACUACAAAUAACUAUAGACGCUCAGCAUCGCCAAGGCCAAGGGAUAGGUAUUCUAUGUUUUAUGAAAGGGAAACAUCUCGGCCAUAUACAGCAGCAGCAGCUGAAGCUUAUGUUGCUGAUUACAUGAGAACUAUGCAGCAUCAAUUACCUCCUUUGCCAUAUGUAGCAUCUGCAAUUUACCCACCUUAUGAUAAUUUACCUCCACCCAGAUACUAUGAAGGACUUCCUGUACCAGAUUAUUCGUCUUCUAGAUUAGCUUCAUAUGCUGAUAAAAGGUCAUAUGAUAGAUCUGUCGAUGAAUUUAUUUGGAGAACAACAGAACGUUCUAGAGUUAGAGAUAGAGAACGUGAUAGGGGAAGGGAAAGAGAGAGAAGCAGAAGCCACCAUAGGUAUAGGGAUAGAAGGUGAAUACCAUAGUACCAUAUAGAGUUGUAAUCAUGUUUAUUUUCUAUCAUAUUUUGGAUUUUUAGAGAACCUUAACUUCAAAAUAAAAAGUUUCAUUAUAUUUUCAUGCAUAAAAUAUCCAAUAAAUUUUUAUAUAUUAUAAAAUUGCUUAAUGCAUGUUCAAAAGGUC